UUUUAUUUCUCUUGCUUUAACUGCUCAGUUUCCUCUUCAAAUCUCUCCAUCUCCAUCUCUCUCCAUAUAUAUAUAUAUUCUUGGUCUCUGUCUCUGUGUGUAUACACGACACGCACCGGCUUGCUCCAUCGUCUUUCCCUCAGGAAAAUUUCUGGGUUUUUCUUGUUUUCUUGAAAUCCGUAAAGGGUUAAUUCACUUUGUUUCUGGGUUUUCGAAUAUUGUUUGUCAGAGAUUAACACAAACACACGUACGUACGCGUAGACUGGUUCCUUAAUUUUGGCAUGGCGGUGGUGGAAGAAGGCCUGGUCUUGAACCAUGGAGGUGAAGAGCUCGUGGAUUUGCCUCCUGGGUUUAGGUUUCACCCAACGGACGAAGAGAUCAUAACCUGUUACUUGAAAGAGAAGGUCUUCAACAGCGGUUUCACGGCGGUGGCUAUCGGAGAAGCCGAUCUCAACAAGUGCGAGCCGUGGGAUUUGCCGAAAAGAGCAAAGAUGGGGGAGAAAGAAUUCUACUUCUUCUGCCAGAGAGACCGGAAAUAUCCGACAGGAACGAGGACGAACCGUGCGACGGAGUCUGGGUAUUGGAAGGCGACGGGGAAAGACAAGGAGAUCUACAAAGGCAAAGGUUGUCUUGUUGGGAUGAAGAAAACACUUGUGUUCUACACAGGAAGAGCUCCAAGAGGUGAGAAGACCAAUUGGGUGAUGCAUGAAUACCGGCUUGAAGGCAAAUACUCUUACCACAAUCUCCCCAAAUCCGCAAGGGACGAAUGGGUCGUGUGUAGAGUCUUCCACAAGAACACUGCAAACCCUCUAAUGAUCAGGAACCCCAUGGAAGAUCUCGCAAGAAUGGAUUCACUCGAGAACUUGGAUCAUCUCUUGGACUUCUCUUCCCUUCCUCCUCUCAUGGAUCCGAGUUUCCCGGGCCAACCCGGUCCGAGUUUCUCCGGCGAAUUCAAACCCAUCAACCCCACACCGGCCCACGACAACCACUACACGUCCUACUUCCCCUACCAAUCAACCCUAAACCCGGGCUCUAGUUCCGGGUCGGGUUCUGCAUACCGCGGACCAAACAGCAACAAGGGCAUGAUCAAGUUGGAGCACUCUCUGGUCAGUGUGUCUCAAGAGACCGGUCUGAGUUCCGACGUGAACGUAACCGCGACAACCCCUGAGAUCUCGUCGUGUCCGGCGACGAAGCACGACGUGUCGGAGACGGCAGUGAUGAUGAUCAAUGGUAACAAGUCGUACGAUGAUCUUGGAGAUUUGGGGAUCUUAUGGGACUACUAAUUAACUUGGGAGAUUAAUUAGUACUAUGCAAUCGUAACGAAGAGUACUAUUGGGUGUUUUUAAUCACAUAUAUACAUACACGCAUACGUAUCUAUGCAUAGGAUCAUUAUGGGCAUUCCCUAGUUAUUACACUGCAUUGAAGUCCUUAGGCGAUUGUUUAAUUAGUUGAAGAAAGGAAAAACAAAAUUAAGGCUUGUGGUUAUAAGUUGGGUUAUUUGUAAUCAUAUAUACAAGCUGUGUAUUCGUGGACACUGUACAUAUAUACACACACAUAUGUAUUUGUAUACUUUCUUUGAUUGAUAUUCUACAUUAUAUCGAUCCAGGAGUUUACAUGGUCGAAUAUUCAGGUGCA